AUGUCCUUAACAUUUAAACAGCAGGAAUUAAUCGAUGAAACGAUCUCGACGUUCAUUCAUAACUACGAUCGUAUUGCCCAGCUGUAUCUCGCGGUGAGGCAGUCCAUACUUUCACUUGAAGACAGCCCUGAGUCACACAAGGUCAAACAACUACAAUAUGAACUUGUAAAAUGCAAGGAAUUGUAUACAAUACAUAUAGAAAAUCUCUUAUUGCGAAAAGAUCAAAUCAGCAAGGUCCCCUUUACGCAUACUGUAGAUCUUAAUGAGAAAGUCUCUCAGUUGCAAGGUGAAAAGAUACAAUUGAAUCGAGAGAUUGAAAAUUUAACGAAAGUGCAAAAGCCGUUACUUGAUGAUAUGAGAGUUUUACUUAAGUCAUUCAACGAUGCGUUGGAUAAAAGAACAGCUAAAAAGUUCCCGAUUUUGACAAGGAAUGGGAGGGUUCAGGAGCAAUAUCAAACAGGAAAGAGUAGCAUAGACUUAAGUCAGCUUGAGUUUGAAGAAUCGGAGUUGAAAGAAGUGUUCAAAGAAAUUCAAGAGAGGUUAGCCUCACGAGAUGAACAGAAUGCCAAUAUUUCACAGGUAAAAGUGUUAGGACACUUGAAUGAAUACUUGGAGAAUGGCAGGACGUUGAAGCGCUUGGAGGGUAGUAAGUACUUGUACGAUGUGUCAGCAGCCACAGGAAAGAUCUCUGAUAAGACCAUUGGCAGUAACACUACAGUUGCGGAGUAUGAUCAAAUGAUCGAAGAUGUAGAAAAUAGUAUCAAGGAAUUGAUUCAAAGUGGAGUGGAAACCAGAGAGAGGUGGAGUAGCAACGCUCAAAAGUUGGAUUUGAUAAAGGAAGCGGUCCAGUAA